AUUAUUUUUUUUUUUUUUAUCCUUUGAUGCAUUUUACCUUCCUGGUUUCAGCUUUAGAUUAAAGUACUUAAGUCUUUUGGAAUAUAUAAUUAAAUAUGACAUAAUUCCCAGUGUAAUUUUGAUAUUUAUGAAUGUGGAUUCAAUGUUGGGGUACAAUGAAGUGUGUAAGUUCCAAGUCAUAAAGUAUGAGGAAUCUUCGCAUAAGUAGACCACAAUGAAACCACCUUGAUUUUUACACUUACCAAGGAACCAGAGGAAAAAGUGCUGGAAAGUGUAAGGUAAGGAAAAUUCAUAUUGGAUGAACAUUGUGUGAUACCAACCACACAAAUGGUAGUUGAAUGCAUUAAGUAAUGAGACAUUUUGGAAACAAAAAUAUGGUUUUACCAUUACAAAUUUGUUAGCGGAAGUGACUUUUAUCCAUGAUUGAUAGUGAAAGCUCUAAGGAAUCUCAUUUGUGCUUUAUUUACCGAAUUAACUGAUAAACAUUUUUUCUCAAAGUUUUUCAAAACACUGUGUAAACAUGUCUUAAAAUUUGUAAUGUUUUGUAAAGUUCCUCCAUGGCAAACAUUGAUCUCAUUUUGUAUUCACUGACAGUUACAAAUUUCAAAGAAAAUUAGUCAUUUCACAUGAAGCCAGACAAUAUUCUCUGUAUGUGUAUUAUCAUGUUCAGAAAAAACAUAAUGUAAUUUUUUUUUUGAAAGAAGAAUGGAUUUUGAAUUGUAGUUAUCACUUUGUAUUUAUACUUUAUGUAUUAUAUAUGUAACUCAUUUAGAAAAUAUUACUGCAAAAAAAACUAAGAUCUUUUAUUAAUUUUAUUUGUAACAGAAAACCAUUAUCUUUAACAUUUCGUACCUCUGUGUCUAUUCACCCCUAAUUUUCUCUGUUUCUUCCCAAAGAAUCCAUCCAUUAGUUUAAAUUUUUUAAUGAAUGCUCUUGCUUUUUGCAUCAGUGAAAUUUUUUGUUUGUUUUUCUGUACAUAAUUAAUAUUUUACACUGUUAAUCAAGAAAUUUUUCCAUUUCUGAACUUAGGUGGCUAGUAAAUGUUAUAAAAAUCUGAAGGUGAAUGAAUUGCAAUGAAUAUUUAUGUUUAGUUUUACUUUCCCAUAUGUGACAAGAUAUGAGAGAGUAGCAAAAUAAUUUACGAUUAACUAUGUAUCAGUGAGUGUUAGCAAUUCAUUUAGUAGUCGUUUCUAGAAUAAGUGGACAUAUCAAAGGUUACAAAUUUAUGUUAAGUUACACACAAUUUAUAAAUUGAAUUUAAAUUGUACAUAAAAAGAAUACAUGAUGCAUCAUAAUCUUAAUUUCUGGUAAAUUGAUUAAUAUUGGGUGUUCAGAUGUUCAACCCAGUGCUGCAUGUGUCUUACCCAACUCGUGUGACAAAUUUGCUUGAUUUGUUAAUUUGGUACCAGAUCAAACACAAAAAAUGGUACAUUUCCAGCUAAAACGUUUGCUUCUUGCUACUUGCCACGUGGUCAGAUUCGUGGUUAAUGAGUGAACCGUUAAGUGAACUUGACCUUGACAAGAGAUUAAAAGAGCAAUGAACUACAGGUCAAAAAAACAACACACAACCCAGUGGUCUGUACUGAAGUAGCUGUAGAUUUGUUGUUGAUUUCAUCCUGGUUGCUAGACAUGUGAGUAUCAGUUGUAUUUUUGAUAAUUGCAGUUAACAUUCAGGACAUGGUCGCAGGAUACAGUAUUUACAGUAAAACAUUUUAUUAUAUUUAGUUUUCAGUCAAAUACAUUAUUCUUAUGUAAAUAUAUGAAUAUAUAUUUUUUUACUUUAUUGUACAGUUUAGUUUAACGUAGUAAAUUAAAUUGAAUCUCAAAUGAAAGAGACUUGUGGUAUAAAAUUUUUUGUAUUUAAGAAUAAAGAUCUCAUUACUCAUUCUAUAACUUGCCAACACUAGGUGUUCUAAAUUAAGAUGUCUAUUGCUAAGAAGGAAUAGAUUACUAACACACCAAAAGUAGUUGGAAGCAGGGCGUCGAGAGAAACUAAGGACCUUGGGGAAUACUGCAUGUAUUGAGUGACUUUUAAGGUUUCAUUUUUUAAAAUGAAAUUAUUUAAAUUUGUUGAUGCAAGUUGCAGUGAUUGUCCUAGACAAAUGUAGUGUGUUCUCGAACUGAAAAGAGAAAAAUAAAUAUGAAGUUCGGGUUAAGAAGUGGUUGCCACGAAGAACCAGAUGCACUCACUUAAAAUUUAAGUAACUUCAUCACAGCUGACACUCCUAAUGACUACAAAUACUAUUUUUAAAUGCCACUAGAAUUUUCAGUAUGUGCUCCAAAAAUUAACUUCAAUAAUGUUAAAACAAGACAUUGGGAUGCAAAAUGCUAUAUCCUGUGACCCGUCUCAAAACCGGUAAAUGUCUAAAAUCGUCUAAAAAUUCAGCAAUAAAGUCAGGGCUCUUAAACGCACAGACUACUGUGCCUGGCGUGUUUGAAACCCGAGCCCAACUCACUCCCCCCUACACAUGCACGAGCCAAUUUUGAGCUAGAAGCGAGCCAAACUCCGUCUGCACUUAUCCCUUUCCCUUUUCAGGUAGCAUGCAUCAAGGGGUUUAUGGGAAAAGAUGGAAUUGCAGAAACCAGAAACACUUACAAGUAUUUCUUGCUGUCGAUGACGCAAAAUUGUACUUGCCACUUUUCAUGUCAGAAACAUCCAUAUGCUUAGCACAUUCUGAAUUCUGGGCCUGGUUGUUAUAAAACACCAGAUUUCAAUCACUGGACUUGAGCCAUCUUUUGCCGAUAACCCGGCAAAAUGUUUAAGGAAAUGUCACGUGAAGUGUCCCACCAAGGGCACGAGUCUACGUGGAUAGAAUGUGGCCGACACAUUAAGGAGCGGGCUGCCGUGCCUUUCCUUUCGGCCAGCGUGAAGAAUGCGUAAGGUGGGAGGGUACGAAGAGUGUAUUGGUGGGGGAAACACAGAAAAUCCAUAGGCUCAUGGCAAUUUCCGCCAGGUGUUUCCCAAAUGCGGAAAAUCCGGGUGUGACUCCACCAGGGAAAUUGACCCAUGUCGCCUUUGAAGGCUAGUGAUAUAUGGCCUAAAUAGAACAUGUGUAGUUAUGUUAGUUUGUGAAAUGUCAUGAAAAAAAAAAUACAUGGUACACAGAUUUUUAUCUGAAUUACAUUAGAUACUUUUUUUUCUUACUGAGUGAGUUAGCUUUGCCAACCGCGUUAAACCAUUCUGAGAAAAACAUCAAAGGACCCCAUGUUUCCAUGUUGCCAAACUUUGUGCGAAGUUUUAGAACACGAGUUGAGAGGCCUGCUUAUGAAAAUCAUCCAAGAAAAUGUUUAGGACUGAAUUACAUAUUUGUGCUUUUAAUUCAUCUCGAAAAUAUAUUUUUUUUUUGAGAGAGAGAGUGUGGUGAAAAGGAUGUUUUCAAAAUAACAGGGUAUUACAUUAUACCUUUAUCUUUAUUCCUGUGCCUUAAAAUGUUUGGGUUACCGCUAAGUAUCAAAGUUGCUUCAUUGCGCGAUGAAAGACUGCUUGCAGUGGCGGUUCAAUGGGAGGGGUGUAGGAGACGAACCUUCCCUCCCCCCAUUCUCAAACAUAUUUCUAGAACUAAAAAUAACUGAGAUAAAAUUUGUUUUCAAGAUGUCAGAAAUGCAUUAAAAUAGCAUAAGAGGCUAUUACUUUUUAAAAAUUCUUACUCCCCAUUUAACUGAGAAGUAUUCUGUACCUAUCACCAAAAACCCUCUAGUCAUCCACCCACUUGCUGCCCAAAACAAAAAACUCCCCUGUGUCCACCCCUGAAUACUUGUCAGAGCCUUGUGCCUAGAGGUGACACUGCACUAGAAGCCCCAGCGAGCAAAGUCCUUUAUCAUCCCACUUUCCUCCCCCAUCCCAAAAUGCCCUCUCAGUAGACUCUAAUAUCCACUUUCAGCUGUGGAGGUCUGCAUUGAAGUAGUCAUGGACCUUGGACAGUAAAUGGUGGGCUAUUUUUUUGUUGUGUUUGUUUUUGGCAGCAUGGGGAAAGAAACAGUUGUGCUAGCCUACAGCGGCGGUCUGGACACGUCAUGCAUUCUGUUAUGGCUAAAGGAGCAAGGUUACGACGUGAUUGCGUACAUGGCUGAUAUCGGUCAAGAUGAAGAUUUUGACAAAGCCAGACAGAAGGCGACUAAAAUUGGAGCAAAAAAGGUGGUGGUGGAGGACGUGAGGCGGCGCUUCGUGGAGCAGUACGUGUGGACGGCGGUGGGCGCGGGCCUGGUGUACGAGUCGCGCUACCUGCUGGGCACGGCGCUGGCGCGGCCCUGCAUCGCCGAGGGCCUGGCGCGCCUGGCGCAGGCCGAGGGCGCCGCCUACAUCGCGCACGGCGCCACGGGCAAGGGCAACGACCAGAUACGCUUCGAGCUCAGCUGCUGCUCGCUGCUGCCGCGGGUGCAGAUGCUCGCUCCGUGGCGGCUGGAGGAGUUCACCAGCAGGUUCCGCGGCCGCCAGGACCUCUUGCAGUACGCCUCCAGCCACGGCGUCCCGGUGCCCGUCACCCCCCAGGAGCCCUGGAGCAUGGACGCCAACCUCAUGCACAUCAGCUACGAGUCUGGGGUGCUGGAGGAUCCCGCCCACCCGGCCCCCCAGAACAUAUUCCAAAUGACGACCGACCCGCGGCAGGCCCCGGACUCCCCCGCCAGACUGGAGAUCAAGUUCCAGAAAGGCGUGCCGGCCAGCGUGUGGGUGAUCGGCGAGGACGCAGCCCCCCCGCUGACGGACCCCGUCCAGGUGCUGACCUUCCUCAACAAGAUCGGCGGACAGCACGGCGUCGGCCGCGUCGACAUCGUCGAGAACCGGUUCAUAGGGCUCAAGUCCCGCGGCGUGUACGAGACCCCGGGCUGCUCCGUGCUGCACGCUGCACACGUCGACCUGGAGACCUUCUGCCUGGACCGCGAGGUGCUGCGGCUCAAGACCUACCUCGCACACAGGAUGGCUGACUACGUCUACAACGGGUUCUGGUUCAGCCCCGAGUGCCAGUUCGCACGCGCCAGCAUCGCCCUGGCCCAGGCCCACGUGACCGGCUGGGUGCACGUGCAGCUCUACAAGGGCUCAGUUCUCGCCACGGCGCGCGGCAGCCCUUCCUCCUCGCUGUACAACCGCUCGCUGGUGUCCAUGGACGAGCAGGGCGACUUCCGGCCCGCCGACGCCACGGGCUUCAUCAACACGCACGCCAUCCGCCUGCGCGAGCACCGCCGCCUGCGCGAAGAGCAGCAGCAGCAGCAGCAGCAGCAGCAGCAGCAGCAGCAGCAGCAGCAGCAGCAGCAGCCAGCGAGCCGCGAAGCUGCACUCGUACCACCACGCUCGUAGACUCGCCGGUAGCGCGCGCGCUCACACUCCCACCGGUUUCACAACCCGGCAGUCUCGACUACUCUCGCGUUCAAAAAUUAAAAAAAAAAAAAGAUUCCGUAACGCUUACCGCGUGUCAACGUCGUUGCUCGUGCUGCCUUUCCCCCGGGUCGGCUUAUACCGCACACGCGGCCCCAGUGGCGUAGCCAGGAUUUGCGUAUGUGGG